AUGUCGGGAACGCGAAACCGAUCGCUUUGCUAUCCCGGAAAGUACCCACACGGUUCCGAUAAAAAGUCGCAGGGACUCCUAGCAGCCGAGAUCAUCCGACCUUUGACGUCGCCAUGGGCCAAUAGUGAUUAUAUCAGGCUGUGCAUCGACUACAAGCUGGUAAACGGGCUCACAAGGCUGAUGGUCUACUCUAUCCCUAAGAUCAGUGAUCUGCUAGAGGACCUUGACAAGGCGUUGUGGUAUUGCUCACUGGAUAUGGCCAGCGGCUCUGGGUCGUGCCCAUGA